UUGACCUGAACUUUGAUACACACACAACAAACUGUGGAAAACUGCAAAUGCAUUUGCUUAAAGGAGGAGGCGGAGGACAGAUGAGACGCCUUUCUGCACUUGCUCAACAUUUCACAUCUCAUCAAAUCACACCCACUUUUCAAAAUCAAUCAAAAUUAAUCAACCCCAUUUCUUCAAUUAAUCACAAAUCCACAAGAGGUAACUUUUCUUCCUUAAACCCUAAAUUAAAACCCCAAAUUAAUAAACUAAUUGACCAUCAUUAUAUUUCUCAAAUUCUUUCAAGAAAAGAUUGGAACUUGCUACUUACCCAUGAGUUAAAAUCCAAUAAUUUGACCUUAAACCCUAGGAUUAUAGUUAGUGUUUUGCAAAAUCAAGAAAACCCAUUACAAAGUUUGCUUUUUUAUUUGUGGGUUUCUAAUUUUAGCCCGUUAUACGCGAAGAAUCAAUCAGUUAGAGGUGUCUUAGCGAAUAAUCUUUAUCGAAAAGGGCCCGUUUUGUUGACUAAAGAGGUUUUAGAGCUUGUUAGGAGUUCGGGGUUUUGUGUUAGUGAGGAUUUGGUUUGUGUUUUGGUCAGUAGUUGGGGGAGGUUAGGUUUAGCUAAGUAUUGUGUUCGGGUUUUUGAUCAGAUUUCGUUGUUGGGACUUGCUCCUAGUACUAGAUUGUAUAAUGCGGUGAUUGAUGCGUUGGUUAAGUCGAAUGCUCUUGAUUUGGCAUAUUUGAAGUUUCAACAAAUGAAAGCAGAUAGAUGUAAGCCGGAUAGAUUUACUUAUAAUUUUUUAGUUCAUGGAGUUUGUAAAGUUGGAGUUGUAGAUGAAGCGUUGAGAUUAGUUAAACAAAUGCAGGAAAUGGGGUAUUCGCCAAAUGUAUAUACUUAUACAAUGCUUAUUGACGGGUAUUGUAAUGCAAAGAGGAUUGAUGAAGCCUUCAAGGUUUUGGAGAGAAUGAAGGAGAAUAAUGUGAAACCUAAUGAUGCUACAUUUAGGUCAUUGGUUAAUGGUGUAUUUCAUAAUGUUCAGCCACUCGAGGCUUUUCAAAUGUUAUCUGAUUUUGUGGAAAGGGAAUGCGUUUUGCCAUUUGUAGCCUGCGAAUCCAUUUUACAUUGUCUUUCGAGUAAUUCUUUACCUGCAGAAACAGCUGUUUUCUUGAAGAAAGUCACUGAGAGAGGAUAUAUGCCUGAUACUACGAUAUUGAAUGUCACUAUAACGUGUUUACUUAAGGGAUUUGAUCUCAUGGAAACAUGUAAUAUCAUUGAUGAUUUGAUUGCAAGAGGUAUGAACCUCGGAUUCAAUACCUAUCUUCUUCUCGUUGAGUCUUUAUACAAGAAUGAAAAAUUAGUGGAGGGAAAUCGGUAUGUAAAUCAGAUUAUUGGUUACAGGCUUUUAACCAAUGUGAUUUCAUAUAACAUGAUAUUUGACAUUCUUUGCAAGAGGGGUAUGGUUGAUAAGGCGAUGAAAUUGUUUCUAGAUAUGCUUCAAAGGCGCAUUUCGCCAAAUCUUGUAACUUUCAACACUUUGUUAUCAUGUCAUUGCAAAAUUGGUGAUAUGCAUGAAACAAGGGAGCUUCUUAAGAUGCUAUUACAACAUGGUUUCAACCCCGACAUCUACACUUUCACCUCUUUAAUUCAUGGUCUUUGUAGGACCCACCAAAUCAAUGAUGCUUUGGAUUGUUUAGACGAGAUGGUGGAGUGGGGCAUACGUCCAAAUGCGAUAACAUACAACAUCUUGAUCCGCUCAUUAUGUAUUGUUGGUGAUAUUUAUAAAGCAAAAGCGUUGCUGAAGUCUAUGCAACUCAAUGGGGUAAAGCCAGAUGUUUUUUCUUUCAAUGCUUUAAUUCAGAACUUUUGCAAGAUGAGGGAGGUCGAGAAGGCACAAAGGGUCCUUAUGACAAUGUUAACUCUAGGUUUGAUUCCGGAUAAUUAUACUUAUAGUGCUUUUAUUCAGAUGUUAUGUGAUAUGGAUAGAUACGAAGAAGCUAAAGACUUGUUCUUAUCAAUGGAACUUAACAGUGGUAAUGAGGUAACUUCGAUAAUGGCCCUCGGAAAAUUUUUAUGGGACUAUUUCAUCAGUCAAACGUUACGACGGAAAUAAGCUGCACUCUCUGAGAGGCCAGUAGGCCACAUUUGAUAGGGAAAGGUGAAACUGGAAUUGCUGGAACUGGGAUUGGAUAUUUACCUGAACCAGGUGGUGGGAAUAAUGGUGGU